GGUGGAAAAUGGAACUGAAACCAUUGCUAAGGCGUAUGGGCUCGAUAGUCCGUGCCAUCCUGACAUUCCUCUUUGCCUUGGUGGUGCUGGGGGUGAUGGUGUGGGCCUACGUCCAGGGCUUCCAGCUGGCCACCUCCCCGUACGGCAUCAUCUCCUUCGGCUUCUACGGCCUCCUGCUGGGGCUCCACGUCCUGGUCCAGAGCCUGUUCGCCUUCGUGGAGCACCGCCGCAUGAGGGCCCGAAGCAAGGCCUGCACCUUCACCAAGACCAUCGGCUUCACUAUCUCAGCCUACCAGGAGGACCCAGAGUACCUGCGCGAGUGCCUCAACUCCAUUCGGGCCCUCAAGUACCCUCCAGAGCUGCUGCGGGUCAUCAUGGUGGUGGAUGGGAACUCGGAGGACGACCUCUACAUGCUGGAGAUGUUCAGGGAGGUGUUUGCAGACCAGGACCCUGGCUGUUACGUGUGGAGGAAUAACUACCACACGUGGGACCCCACCCAGACCCAGGAGUGGGGCAUCCCCGGGGUGAUAGGCCCCGCCGGGGACGCUAGUUAUGGGUUGGGAGAGGACCCCCAGAGGAGGGAGGUGGAGGAUCUGAUCAACAGCAGGAGGUGUGUGUGCAUCAUGCAGAAGUGGGGUGGAAAGAGGGAGGUGAUGUACACAGCAUUCAAGGCACUGGGACUGUCGGUGGACUACCUACAGGUGUGUGACUCUGACACCAAGCUAGACCCCCUGGCUACGGUGGAGCUGUGUAAGGUUCUGGAGAGCAACCAGAAGUACGGGGCGGUGGGAGGAGACGUGAUGAUCCUCAACCUCAAGGAGUCCUACAUCAGCUUCAUGAGCAGCCUGCGCUAUUGGAUGGCGUUCAACAUCGAGAGGUCCUGCCAGUCCUUCUUCAACUGUGUCUCCUGCAUCAGCGGCCCCCUGGGUAUGUACAGGAAUGACCUCCUCCAGCAGUUCUUAGAGUCCUGGUACAACCAGAAGUUCCUGGGGACUCACUGCACAUUUGGGGAUGACAGACAUCUCACCAACCGCAUGCUCAGCAUGGGCUAUGCCACCAAAUACACGGCCCGCUCCAAGUGCUACACAGAGACGCCAGGCCAGUUCCUCCGGUGGCUCAACCAGCAGACGCGCUGGACCAAGUCUUACUUCCGUGAGUGGCUCUACAACGCCAUGUGGUGGCACAAGCACCACCUGUGGAUGACCUACGAGUCCAUCGUCUCUGGUGUCUUCCCCUUCUUCGUCACGGCCACCAUCAUCCAGCUGUUCUGGACAGGCACCCUGUGGGACAUCCUCUGGGUCCUCUGCUGCAUCCAGCUCAUCGGCCUGAUCAAGGCGGCCUAUGCCUGCAUCCUGCGCCGCGACCUGGUCAUGUUGUUCAUGUCCCUCUACUCUGCCCUCUACAUGACCAGCCUGCUGCCCGCCAAGUACUUUGCCAUCAUCACCAUGAACAAGAGCAGCUGGGGCACGUCGGGCCGCCGCAAGAUGGUUGGGAACUACAUCCCCCUGCUGCCUCUGUCGGUGUGGGCGGCCAUCUUGCUGGGAGGGUUCUGCUACACCAUCUACAAGGAGAGCCAGAAGGGCUGGUUCACGCCGGCUAAGGUACUAGAGACCAGGUUUCUGAUCUACGGCUGUGUGGCGUACGUCUGCUACUGGUUCCUCAUGAUCUUCCUCUACUGGGUGUGGUUCCGCAGGCUGUGUAGGAAACGCUCCCAAAGUUAUGACGUGAGCGUAUAGGGAAAAAAUACAGGAUAUUAUGUAUUUAUUUUGUAUUGUGUACAUUAAAGUUUCAUUUAUUUAUUUCA